GUGGGGCGGUUUGAGAGUUCCAAGAAUCGGUCGUGGCUAAAAAUAAGAUCCCACCCGGGAGCAGUGAUUAUGUUCCGAAAAAAGAGAACCGAGCGAAACGUUCUCCUCGGCGUGUACAGGUGCCGCCGCGCCGAUGAGACGAAGGCAAAAGAACAAACAAGAAACCGUCGUGCGUUCGAGAAUCUCGCAUUGCCCCGCAUCGCCGCGCAUAAGAAGGCUCCCCUCGUCUCGCACAUUGCUAUGCAGUACCGUGCCGUGCUGUGCCGCUCUGCGCUUCAGCUCCGCUUAAUGAAGUUGUCGGUUCGGGACGUUUACAGGUGGGGCCUACCUGCGUGUGGUCCAUUCACAACGACUGCCGCGGGACUGGUUAGGAGGAGAGCUUUACAUCUUUACUUUUACCUCACGAAUCGCUUUGAGUUUGUCGAGCCUCGAAAUGCCGUGUGCUCGACUCGAACAGGGCCGCGGUCAUUAUCGUCGACGUUGUCAUCGUCGUCGACGACGUUCUUCUCCUUCUCGUUAUUGCUGUCGCCGCUGUUUGUUACUGUCACCACGGUAAAAUGACAAGGAGAACACGGACGGCCACUAUUACGAGUGCCACGAAACAACUUGUACACUUUCGAGGGGUUAGGUUCGGGAAAGAGAGUGCAGGAACACUGAAAUGUACAAGUACGAAAUCCAUAUGCAUCCGUAUGCAGUGUACGAACUGUACAAGCAUAUAAGUACUUACACGAGUCUCCGCGAUGGAUGGAUUUAAUACAUCUUCGAAUUUUACGUUUCUCGCACUCUCUCUUCCCCUCUUUUCCUCUUCCCCCCCCCCUUUCUCCUUUUCUUCC